AAGCCCUUCUCUCCAAGUCACACUCACAGAGAGAGGCAGCAGCAGUGAACGUUGCCCACAGACUUCCCCAGGACCCAUCAGCUCAGCCAUGAAGAAGGAGUUAGCAAUGUUGCUAAUGCUUGUCUUCUCUGCUGUCAUUUUGAGCUGCUACAGUGGGAUACUAAAUAAGAAAUUUGGAGAAGCCAGAGGAUACGAAGACCAUGACAAGAGGACAUCUGUCCAGGUCACCGCAGAAACUUCCUUUAUCCACUCAACUAGCUUUGCCACUGCCCUGAUGGGAUCAACAGAUGGCCAUGCCAUUAAGUCCGACUGGCCGACAACCCAGGCAUCCCUGAAAACAACAUUCAAAACCACCCAGUCAACGGGGACAAGUACACAGUCAGCUGAUCCAACGACCCUCACUGAUAUAACUACGAAGGUCUCACAUCACAGCACGCAAAUGACAACCACUGUGAAUACAGCCACCCCAGCUCCUCCUGGAUCACCCACUGCCACAAGGACAGCCUGGUCAAGCACACCCAUGGCCCAGAUGACCACUGCAGCUCAGUCAACAGUCAGUCACACAACCUUAGCUACAAUAACCACCCCAGUGGGCAACCUGACCUCCCUGAAAACAGCUUGGAUCACUGUCCCAGCCAAAAGCAUCACCACCACAUCCACCCCUAAAAAGACCACCCAAGCCAUCACCACGACAGCCACGCAUCCUGUCACUGCCUCAACGUCACCAGCCACGACAAAUGUGGGGCCCACUCUGGUUCCUCAGCCAUCAUCUCCUCAAACUGGGACCUAUCUGGUUUACAAUGGAACUAGGGUAUGCUUGAAGGCUGAGAUGGGAGUGCAGCUGCUCAUUCAGGACAAGAUGUAUUUUUCACCUCAAAUGUACUUCAAUCUCCAUCCCAAUGUGACAAAAGCAUCAGGGAAUUGCAGCGCCCAGAGAACCAACCUUCUCCUGACUUUCCCAGGCGGAUUUGUGAACUUGACCUUCGUGAAGGUAGGACACUCAUAUCAUAUAGAAACAGUGGAGACCUCUUUGACUGUCUUACCAUUAGUGAAAGUCUACAGUGGCCUGAAAGGAGGGCUUAAAAUGUUUGAGACCAAAGUGGGACACUCCUUCAAGUGUGUCAGUGAACAGAGUGUUGAGUUAUCGGCCCAACUUCAGUUGCACACUGUUGAUGUCCAGCUCCAAGCCUUUGAUUUUGAUGGGGAUCACUUUGGAAAUGUGGAUGAGUGCCCAUCUGACUACACAGUUAUAAUUCCAGUGUUUGCUGGGAUUGUAAUUCCUUUCUGCAUCCUGGCUUUGAUUUUCUGUGGAAUCCGCCUGAGGAGAAGAUCAUCGGGAUACCAGAGAAUCUAGUUGGCGUAGGGAAUCUCAGAAAGAAAUGAAAGAGUUUGGAAUUUUUUCAGAAUGUUCAAGACUUUGGGGACUUACCUUCUAGAAAGUUCUUAAAGUAACAUUAGUUAAUUGCUCUGGUCUCAAACCCAAGCAUUUCCCAAUUUUACCAAGGCCAAUGAUAUUCAGCAGAAGAGAGAACAAAUGUUAAUGGCUUGGUUGGGGGGAAUAAGGGAGAAGGAAGGUACAUAUGUGACAAGAUCGAAUUCGUUCCUGAAGGCCACUGAUUGGUUUCCCCUAGAAGAGGCACUCUAUCCAAAGGAAGCAGAACACUGAACAACAAAAUGCUUCCCGAAAGGGAGCCAGCCUUUGUUUAUGCCUGUCAACCAUACAGCUGGCUAUUAAAGGGACUGUUUGUGGUUGUUGUUUUUUAAUUUGUUGGGGAGAUUUGGCCUCCUUGGUCCAACGGUAAAGAUUUCUUUUUUGCCCUUGAUAUUAUCAAGUUAUUUCCCAGUCUGAGUUUUAGUUUCCUGGCCUCCAGGUCUGUGAGAUGCCUUCUAAAUCCAGGAACCUAGAACCUCUCCGAGUCUCCGUUUCCUCAGGUAUUAAAAGAGGGGUUUGGAUUCAGUGAUUUUUCUAAGGUCCCUCCCAGCUCCAAAUCUGGUUCCUUUGAGCUCCACAAAAACUUUUGCUGAUGCUUUAGUUUGUGAUAUGAGUAUACUUGUUGAAGCUGUUCUUUCUUUUUCUAUUGGUAAAAUGACAGUAAAAAUGAGAUUCCAAGACAUACUAGAAUUUUGAUGAAAGGUGGUAAAAAAUAAAAAAUUAAUGUCUUCAUCUUUUAUAUGCAUUUACAUCAAUUCUGUUUUUCAUCUCUGUAUCCCCAGUUCCUACCAGAGAGCCUUGUACACAGUUGUAGUUUAAUAAAUAUUGGCUGAAUUAAACUAAACUGAAUGGAAUUGAGUUGUAUGCACAA